CUGUUUCCGGCGUGACAUGAUUCACGAGCAGACGGUGAGAGUUACGGGCAUCAAGCAACUUUGCAACGCAAAUUAUAAGAACCGCCAUGUCUGCAUCUAAAUUCACCUUGCUGUGUAAUUCGCAUAACUGCCGGACCAAGCUGAGCGGGUUCGCCUGGGUCACGGCCUGCUCUCAUGUAUUCUGUGAUCAACACGGUACGGAAGAAUUCAGCCGCACACCUGCCAUCUGCCCCGCGUGCUCCUCCAUGCUCUCGGGCAAACUGGACGUACUUAGAACCGAGCUGGCACCAUCAGAGCAAUACAAGGCUAUGGUUUUGGUCGGAUUACAGCCCGAAACUGUUUUGGAAAUCAGUCAUAAAGCGCUAGACUUUUGGACCUACCAGGUAAACCAGGAGAGGUUGCUGAUGGAGUACAGUCUGUCCAGGGCUGGAGGACAAGUGCUUCAGAUGGAGAAGUUUAUGAUCCAGCAGAACCAGAGCAAAGAGCUCGAGUUAAAUGCAUUAAGAGGGGAGAUCGCAUCCCUGAAAAAGGUGCUGGAGGAAUAUAAGCGGAAGUACAGUGAGGUUUUGGAGCGACUGAAUGAACGAAAUGGGCAAUAUCAGAAGCUGCAGGGACUUCUCGACUCACUACGGAUGCACACGCUGGGAACGGGAGAGAAAGAUCCCAUUUCCCACCCUUUCACUACAGGUUUGGUCAAACCACGCUCUUCCCAUAGCAGUCCUUCAUUCCUGGGACCAGAAGGUGACAGGUUCUUCUCACUGGGGCCAGAAAAUGCUAAAACUUUCUUCCAGUUCAGCACACCCACCCGAGACAGAACCCAGACUUUUAAGAAAAACUAAGUAUGAUUUAAAUUUCACUAGGAUGCUUUUUUCUUCCAUUUAUGAAUUCUAAUUUCAGUUCUGACUGCCAAAUAUGGUUGUUUCGGUUCAAUUCUUUGUUUUUGUUUUUUCAAAUUGGUUAUUUACUGAUAAAGCUGUUACACAGUUUAAAGAAGUUUGCUCUGCUAUAAAUACUCCCAACAUGUUUCCACUAAUGUAAAUGACCUUAUUGUGGAAAAUAACUCAUAAUUAAAAUGUGGAAAACCCUACAUUAAGUAGGAACUGCCAAACU